GAAGAAAAAGUUUGCUGACCCCUGGUCCGGGUUGUAGUUGGCAAACCAGGAAAUCCACUCCCUGGAGCUCUUGGAAAGGUGUGCAUCCUGGAGACUCUGACCGAAUGAGUCGAAGAGGCCGGUUGGAAUUCCAGGGUGCUGUCAUGAUCAGCGGAAGAAGGUCGAGGUGACUUUUGCCUUUCAAGGUUGUGUCAGGGUUGGGGGUAUUCCAGAGAAUGUAGUGCAAUCUUUUCCUCCUUUACCGUACUGCCAAGACCAUGUUAAAGGUUCUCGGGCUCCCUGGGGACGAACAGUGUGAAGCAGGAGUCCAGAACCAAGGAGUUGCGUUCCCAGUCUAAGAAGAAUCAAAGCGACCAGCAGCCUCUAAUCAAGAUGGUAGACACGGAAAGCCAGCUCUGCCCACUUCCGCCCCUCGACGAAGAUGACCUGGAGAGUCCACUCUCCGAAGAGUUUCUUCAGGAAAUGGGAAACAUCCAAGAGAUCUCUCAGUCGAUGGGUGAUGACAGCUCAGGACCGUUCAGCUUCACCGAGUACCAGUGCUUGGGAAACGGACCGGGGUCCGACGGAUCUGUCGUCACAGACACCCUUUCACCAGCAUCCAGCCCUUCAUCCAUUAACUACCCCGCCGUUCCAGGCAGCAGUGACGAGUCCUGCAGCGGCAUGUUAAACAUUGAAUGUAGAAUUUGUGGCGAUAAAGCCUCAGGAUACCAUUACGGAGUCCAUGCUUGUGAGGGUUGUAAGGGUUUCUUUAGGCGGACGAUUCGACUCAAGUUGGCCUAUGACAAAUGCGACCGCACCUGCAAAAUCCAGAAAAAGAACCGUAAUAAGUGCCAAUACUGUCGAUUUCAAAAGUGCCUUUCGGUCGGGAUGUCACAUAACGCAAUCCGUUUCGGAAGAAUGCCGAGGUCCGAGAAAGCCAAGUUGAAAGCAGAAAUCCUUACCUGUGAACACGAAGUGGAAGAUUCUGAAAUUGCCGACCUCAAAUCCCUUGCCAAGAGAAUUUACGAAGCCUACCUGAAAAACUUUAACAUGAACAAAGUCAAAGCCAGAGUCAUCCUUGCGGGGAAAACCACCAACAAUCCACCUUUUGUCAUCCACGACAUGGAAACGCUGUGUAUGGCAGAGAAGACCCUGGUGGCCAAACUCGUGGCCAACGGGAUUCAAAACAAAGAGGCCGAAGUGCGCAUCUUUCACUGCUGCCAGUGCACGUCGGUGGAGACGGUGACGGAACUCACGGAGUUUGCCAAGUCGAUCCCCGGCUUCGCCGGCCUGGACUUGAACGACCAGGUGACGCUGCUCAAGUACGGCGUGUACGAAGCCAUCUUCGCCAUGCUGGCCUCGGUGAUGAACAAGGACGGGAUGCUGGUGGCCUACGGCAGCGGCUUCAUCACCCGGGAGUUCCUCAAGAGCCUGCGUAAGCCGUUCUGCGACAUCAUGGAGCCCAAGUUCGACUUCGCCAUGAAGUUCAACGCCUUGGAGCUGGACGACAGCGACAUCUCCCUCUUCGUGGCGGCCAUCAUUUGUUGCGGAGAUCGCCCUGGCCUCGUCAACGUGGGGCACAUUGAAAAAAUGCAGGAGGGAAUCGUGCACGUGCUCAAACUCCACCUGCAGAGCAACCACCCCGACGACGUCUUCCUCUUCCCCAAACUCCUCCAGAAGAUGGCCGACCUCCGGCAGCUGGUCACGGAGCACGCUCAGCUGGUCCAGGUCAUUAAAAAGACAGAAUCGGACGCGCCCCUCCACCCUUUGCUGCAGGAAAUCUACAGGGACAUGUAUUAGCCGUGCGGGUCGGGAAACGCCUCCGUCCCGUCGGAAGCCAUCGGCAAGAUCCCCCUGGGAUGGGAGCCAGAGGGACCGCGGGGGUCACAAUCGGCAGGGGACGUCAAGCUAGAGCCCGAGAAACCCAGACCGUAGGAAACGGGCCCCCGCCGCCUCCGCCCCCACCCCCGUUGUACGUGGCGGGUGCUCGCACGGGUGUGUGUUUGUGUGCCCGCGUGCUUGGGUCGGUUUCGUAAGCGACUCCUUCUCAGAGAGCCGCCAACCCGCCCCAGAGCCGGUGAGAGUGGAUUUGGAAUCGGCGGCGGGGCGAGGCGGGAAAACAGCCGAGGGUGACGUACGAUCAGAUGAGUCGCUCCGGCUUCCGAUCCCUCUCCCGGUUUGGAGCGACGCGGGGUCUAUUUAUAUUGUGUUAGAUGGUUAGAGAAUUUGCUUAACAAAUCGGUCACCUCCAUCCGGGCCCGCCCCACUUGUGCCUACCCCUCCUUCCGGCGCCCUCACCCCCACCCCCUCUGCCCCCCGUCCCCGUGAGAGCCCGUCAGCACUUUCUGGUAACUCGCAUAAUGCCGUAAAUCUGGGGGCGGCCGAGGCCCGGGCCUUUCAGGGCCGGGAAGGAUUCGGCAGACCUCAAUUCUUCCGCAUCCACCUGCCGUACGGGCCAAGCGGCACUGCUCAUUUCGACCUUAGUAGGACCGAAGGGGUUUUGAAAGUGUCCCCGGGCGAAACCGCACGGAGAAAAGCCGCUCUGCCCGGUUUCCGGGCCGGAGCGGGCAGCGGGCGAGAGGCUGGUUUUCCCAAUGGGUGCGGGUGGCUCCGGACUUGGGCCCCGAUGCACUGUGGCCAAGUCUUCCUAGAACGGACCCGAGAGCGAGCUGAGCAAGCUCGCCAGACACCCCACCCCCGGCCCCUCACCGCCCCCCGCCACCCUCCCACACCCCCCAACAUCACCGCGGCACCACCAGCCCGCGGGAGCCACCGGCAGCCGCCUCGAGGGCACCGAGGCCCGUCCGUCGGGUGAACAUGCCGGCAUCCGGGCUCCGGCCGGGUGGUCCCCCGACAGAGCCGGGCCGGUCUGGGGUCGAGCGGGAAGACCACUGCCCGGGCAAAUCUGGGUCAGAAACGGAUUGUUCCUCUGGAAACCGUCUCCAGAAAACCCGUCCAGAUUCGAGGGGCUCUGGGGCUUCCACAGGAACCGCAGAACUCGUUCCGGAUCAGUCAGGCCUCUCCCGAGAGCCCAGACGGAUGGGCAUCUUCGCUCAGGAGGGUCAGAACUGUCCCGGGUUGUCUCUUUCCGGCAGCCAUCGACCACUGACCAUCCCUCCCCUCCCUUCCCCCCAGCUCCCGGCGGCUGGCCCGCCAAGGAGCGUCACUGAAUCGCCUUGCCCCUCUAGAAAAGAGCGAAAAGAAUAGCCUCCCGUGGUGGGAGCGUCGCCGGCACUUAGCUGAUCUUCGGAGUUAGUCCUCCGUGCUUCCCGUGUCGGGGUCACCCCGCUGAUUCCUUCUUUUUGCGCCAUAGAAAUAGUCUGUUUUGGCCCUGACGACCCUUGCUGGUCUGCUCGGCCAAGGCACGGGUGCCCUGCAGCCUUCCGCGACCCUGGCCGAGGAAACGACCGGGGACGGAUCCGCGGGCAGGCAGGGCUCACGGGAUAGAGCCGGGAGCGUCUACCCGGUCGGGGCUUUUUCAUCUUUCAUUCUGAGCAGGCAGGUGGGUUAGCGCAUUUAUAAGGGCCGAGGGUGGCCCUUAGACGGAGGAAAAGACCCGGUUGGGAGGAGUCCCGGGAACUGGAGUUUAAAGGAGCUGAGAAUGCCAGGGGUGGAGGUCGAGAGGCUGGGAACGACUUGCCCUUCCCCCCCUCGGUGCUGCGGUCCCGCCGAGCGGCCUGGGCGAGCCAUGGGCUGUGAGAACAGGGACGAGGGCCUCUCUCUGUCCAGUGCCUGGCCCUCAGUCACAACUAUAAUGCCCCCAGUGCCCAAAGCGGUCCCAAAUCGGGCUCAGUUGUGCCCUUUAGCCAGCCCGGCGGUUUAACAGGAAACACAAAGACCGACCGGUGGCCUGUUCCGUGCUGUACAGGCCUUUUGAUAACUUCUUUUCUGAAAAUGCCCGCCUUAUUUUCAGAUCUCUGCCAAAACGUAAUUUCAACUAUGCUGUCAGUCACCCAAAUCAAGCGUCCCAAGGGGAACGCUUGCUGUUCCCCGGGCUGGAUGCUGAGCAGGCUUUCUGAGAUUUUCUGAGACUAGCAAGCUGGUCAAUUACGUCACCCUCAACUCUAUUCCCCGCCAAAAAUCUUGCUCGUGAGCCACCAGCGAGUCGAUCCAGAGGAGGUCACAAGAUGCAAAACGUUCUUUUCAUCGUCAUUAAUGGAAAUCACAUUCUCUUUCCAUCGCAUCCUGGCAGCGGCCCCGGGCCCCACGGCCCGACCAUUCCUCAGGGAGGCUCUCUUGACUUUUCCUCCGUUCCGCAUCCAACCGGAAGGCGGAGAGGUCGAGGAACUUGCCCCAGAUGACCCCACGGGUCUGACGGGGCGAGGAUUUGAGCCCGGGCUGUCCCUCUGGCAGCGGUGCUGGGUCGGGGCGAAGGAACCGUCGGGGUGUUUCCAUCUGCCGUAGCAAACCUUGGCCAACAGCACGUGAGGGGCGACGUCUUCCGGAGAACAAAACCCCGAGGAUGGGCCACACUGGCAUAGGGCCGAAAGUCUAGAGGGGGAGACGGUCCUGCGACUGCCUCCCGGCUCGGUCGGCAGUGUUUUCCGAGUGCCCCUUUUCCCCACAUUGGCCCUCUCUGCUGUUAUCACGGGGCCCUGAAAGAAGAGAUGUGGUCCAUGAAGGGGUUCGAGGAAGAAAGGGGGAUUCAGCCAUCUGGGGCCUUAAAUAAUUCUGUGCCUUAGGUUCUCCAUCCAUGCUCAACAGGGGCUCGACGUGUCCCUCGGAUCUCGGAGAUCUUUCGAAGUCAGAAGGGCGAAGGAGCAUCCCCUGUACUGACCGGACGGGACGAACCCACAUUCCAUGCGCUGCUGACGUAGCAGCCCCCUAUCUUCACUCACUCUUUCGUAAGGGGAAAAUCUGGAAAGAGUCGCCAUCCCCAAACCUUCUUCCCCACUCCUUCGGUUUUUCACAAUUUUGCCCCCUGAGAGUUUGAAACUUGUCCUUCCCUGCUCAAUGAAGACAAUUUUUCCCCCGCAAAAAUGGCCCAAAUUAGCCACAGGUCUCCACUCUUUCAUCUGUUGCAUCUUUCUCAGGGAAGAGCAAGCUGUAGCUGAGAUAGGAUUCCCUUCCGAACAGCUCCUCCUGUCAGGGUGUCAGGGAUUGGGCACAUAUUGUUCCGGAAACUCAGAAGUAAAAGAUUUAUCUUUGAA